AGAUUUUUGUUACAUUAAUUGUCAUGGUGGUCAAUAUCUGCUUGCUGAAGAAUUAGAAAUUAUGACCUUACGGAAAUAUGUGGUGCUGCUCUUUGUUGCAUAAACUUAUUCCCUUUUUGAAUUUAAAAUUCAAAGUUCAUGGCAAAACUUGGAACUCUUGGACGCAGUGGAUUAAUAAGGAAAACAAAUGAUGGUAUGAGGCUCAUCAUGACCACGUUUGUUGGAUUCCUUAUUGGCUUUUUGAUUGGAAUUUCAUUUCCAUCUGUUAACAUAACCAAGCUUCACUUCCCUUCUAGUAUUGCUUCUUACAAUGAAGACAAGAAUUCAGGCAUCAAAACCCAAGCCUUACUGAACCAUGCUUGGAUAUCUACACAUAACAACAAUUCUUUAUUAAAUUCAACUAGUACCGCCAAGAUUUAUGUUUCUACGAAUCCUAAAGGAGCAGAAAGGCUACCGCCAGAAAUAAUUGUGCCUGAAUCAGACUUUUACUUACGCCGUUUGUGGGGUAAUCCAAGUGAGGAUCUACCUUUUGAGCAGAAGUAUCUAGUAACAUUUACAGUUGGAUAUGAGCAGAAAAAUAAUAUUGACGCAGCAGUUAAAAAGUUCUCUGGAAAUUUUACAUUAUUAUUGUUUCAUUAUGAUGGACGGACUAGUGAAUGGGAUGAAUUUGAAUGGUCAAAACGUGCAAUUCAUGUGAGCGCAAGGAAGCAGACUAAAUGGUGGUAUGCUAAACGCUUUUUGCACCCUGACAUAGUUGCUCCUUAUGAAUAUAUCUUUAUCUGGGAUGAAGAUCUAGGACUAGAGCAUUUUAAUGCAGAGCGGUACAUUGAAUUGGUGAAGAAACAUGAUUUGGAGAUCUCGCAGCCAGGUUUGGAGCCAAACAAUGGUCUAACGUGGCAAAUGACUAAGAGGAGAGGGGACCGUGAGGUCCACAAGGAAACAGAAGAGAGACCUGGUUGGUGCACUCAUCCUCACCUUCCGCCAUGUGCUGCUUUUGUUGAGAUAAUGGCGCCUGUAUUUUCAAGAAAUGCAUGGAAAUGUGUAUGGCAUAUGAUUCAGAAUGACUUGGUUCAUGGCUGGGGUCUUGAUUUUGCGCUUAGGAAAUGUGUGGAGCCGGCCCACGAAAAAAUUGGAGUCGUGGAUUCACAAUGGAUUGUGCAUCAAGUAGUUCCUUCGCUGGGGAAUCAGGGCCAAUCAGAAAAGGGCAAAGCUCCAUGGGAAGGGGUUAGGGAGCGGUGCCGUAAAGAGUGGGGGAUAUUCCAAACACGAUUAGCAGACGCAGAGAAGGCUUAUUACAAAAAAAUGGGGAUUGCUCCUCCAAAUGCCACAUCUGUUUAGAUUCAACAGCCGUUUCCUUGCAUUUGUAGUUAAUUGAAUGUUAAUUAAUAUAUGUUAAGUAUCUUGGAAGCUUUCUCAUUGAUAUAUAUAUAUAUAUAUAUAUAUAUAUGUAAGUUAAAUCAGGUGAGGGCAUUAGGAAUUGCCUGAGAAGUUUUUAGAUGUAGAUAUCCUAUAUCAAAGAUGGAUGAGUUGGUUCUGUUUGCUGCUGUGAUAAUUUUUAUUAAAUUUGCCUUAUUUAGAGCAGUUGAUUGCCUGCUUUAGAGGAAUUUUUGUUAUAUAGAAUGGUAUAUUGUUUACAUAUUCCAUAUCA